GGAGCUUUCGUUAUCCGUUGGAAACAGUGCGAAGAAAUUAAGUUUGAAAUUGCAGUUCAGUCUUGUCGUGGAUGCAGCGUGGAUCGAUAUCGGAGCCCAGAGUAGCGGAAGGCGCUGUUUAGCAAAUUUCGACACACUAAAUUUUUCUACCCCUCAAAAUUGAACCGAAAAAUCUGCAAGAAUUAUAUUCCCUCACUCAAAACGAAUACGCGUCGUGCCACAAGCCAGCCCAAAUCGUUACAUAAAGUAAAAGCGACCAAAUAUCACGGAAUACAAAUUGUGUAAUUGAACAGAGAUCAAAGUGUGUGCAAAAAAUGAAACGUACCCAAUCAAUAAAUCAAUCGAUACGCAUAAAUAAAUGAUUAGUUGGCUGUGGAAGAAAGUCAAGAAAGUGCCCUUUUUGGGGGCAUUCGGUGUGUUAGGUGCUUAGAAAAUUUUUCGCGACAUGCAGUGAAAAUUUUUUCCGAUUUUUAGUAUGUACAUGUACGUUGGAGCGCUCGUGGGCGCCACGAAAUCGGGUGGCAGGGGUAUCCGGCGAGCUUUUGGCCAGACCAUGGCCCCCCGAAUUGGUAGUACAGCCGCAGCUGUCCGAGUAACGGUUGUCUGACCCCGGAACGAUGCAAAAUAUGUGCCCAUUUUUAAUUAGUUUGCCAAAUAUUAUGCAAAUGAAGUGUACCAAAUGCCAAAAACUCAAGGUGCUCAGCAUUAAGGACCAAGAAACCAGGCAAAAUUACAAGCAAUAAUCAGUGCAGUGAAGUUAACAGUGGAAUAGUACCGUAAACAGUCCUGUUAGCUCCCCAAAGGAGCUUUCACUCUCCCGCGCUCUCCCACUCUCUUUUUGGCAGGCGCGGAUAAAACGGAUUCUCGACUCUAACACCAACGCAAGGACACACGAAAAGCUUGCGCUCAAGGACUGGAAUACGCGAGAAGCGAUAGAGUGUUAGAGAGAGAGAGAGAGUGCCACUUUACGUUUACGCGCGCAACGUGCGUAGGUGCCUCUGUGUGGGUGAGCAGCCUGUGAGUGUGAAUGAAGGUGCCACAUAGUGCAACAUAUCAGAAUAACAACUAUGCUCCUGCGGCCAUGACAGCCACCAUGGACAGGGAUCAUCAGCAGCAGCAGGAGCUGAGGCUCCUGCCCGCCCAGCGCAGCACCGGCCACGCCUCCACCUCCAGCACCUCCGCCUCCGCCUUCGCCUCCCCGGACUUGCGGUUCAACAAGGCCCGUCGCCGGCGGAGAAGCGAGCAAGUGCCUCCCGUGAUCGUGGAAUACCGCCGCUCAUACCGCGUGCUCAUCGUCAGCGCCCUGCUGGUCAGUUUGGCGGCCAGUUUCGUAACCCUCAGCGCCGGCUUCCAGCUGGAUGGAUCCCAGAACUCCUUCUACACGUUCCGCAAGUGGUACACUGGGCUGAAUGGCACGCUCGAGUUGGAGUUCAAGACGGAGCAGCCGAACGGAUUGGUCCUCUACACCGACGACGGUGGCACCUACGACUUCUUCGAACUGAAGCUGGUGGAAGGAGCCCUCCGGUUGAGAUACAACCUGGGCGGUGGAGCCCAGAUCAUCACCGUGGGCAGGGAGCUGCACGAUGGCCACUGGCACAAGGUGCAGGUCCUGCGGAACGACGAGCAGACCUCGCUCAUCGUCGACGGAGUCUCGCAGCAGCGGUCCACCAAGGGCAAGGAGUUCCAGUUCGGCAAGUUCGCCAGCAACUCGGACGUCUAUGUGGGCGGCAUGCCCAACUGGUACAGCAGCAAGCUGGCCCUGCUCGCCCUGCCCAGCGUCAUCUUCGAGCCGCGUUUCCGGGGCGCCAUCCGGAACCUGGUCUAUGCGGAUCAGCCCGGCGGAUCCACCAGGCGCCAGGAGAUCAAGCAGCAGCGGGACAUCAAGUGCGGCGAUGUGCCCUGCGACCACGGCGAACUGCCCGCCCGCGAAAGGCCCCUCAGGGGCGUUCGUGGCAACACUACCGAUGCCUGCGAGCGGAACGAUCCGUGCCAGCACGGCGGCAUCUGCAUCUCCACUGAUUCCGGUCCAAUUUGCGAGUGUCGAAACCUCGAGUACGAUGGCCAGUAUUGUGAGAAGGAGAAGGCGCCAUCGGAAGCAACGUUCCGCGGUACACAGUUCCUCUCGUACGACUUGGGCCAGACGGGCGCCGAGCCGAUAGUGAGUGCCCAGGAUGCCAUAUCCUUCUACUUCCGCACGCGCCAGCCAAAUGGCCUCUUGUUCUACACGGGCCACGGCACGGACUAUCUGAAUCUGGCGCUGCGGGAUGGAGGCGUCUCUUUGACCAUGGGUUUGGCCAAUGGCAAGCAGGAGAUGCACAUCAAGCCGUCGAAGGUGCGCUUCGAUGAUCACCAGUGGCACAAGGUCACCGUGCACCGUCGCAUCCAGGAGAUCUCCUCCAUCACCAGCUUUUGUAGGCUGGUCACUGUGGUGGACGAUGUGUACACGGAUCACUCGCACAUCGCUGGCAAGUUCACCAUGCUCUCCUCCUCGCGAGUUUAUGUGGGUGGUGCCGUCAAUCCCAGGGCUCUUUUGGGCGCCCGUGUCCACACCAACUUCGUGGGCUGUCUGCGCAAAGUGGAGUUCUCGGCGGACACGUUGAAUCUGAACCUCAUAGACCUGGCCAAGAGCGGCUCGAAACUAAUCCAGGUGGCUGGCAAUCUGGAGUACCAGUGCCCCAGUGGCGAUCCACAGGAUCCCGUGACCUUUACCACCCGCGAAUCGCAUUUGGUUCUGCCUCCUUGGGAAACUGGCAAGCAGAGUUCUAUCAGCUUCAAGUUCCGCACCAAGGAGCCCAAUGGCAUCAUUGUCCUGGCCACAGGAUCCAAGCAGCCAAGGGCCAAGAAUCCCGUUUUGAUUGCCAUCGAGCUGCUGAAUGGCCACAUCUACAUCCAUUUGGACCUCGGAUCCGGGGCGUCCAAGGUGCGAGCCUCGCGACGUCGCGUGGACGAUGGCGACUGGCAUGACCUGAUUCUGCGGCGGAAUGGACGCGACGCCAAGGUGAGCGUGGAUGGCGUUUGGAACGACUUCCGGACGCCCGGCGACGGCACCAUCCUCGAGCUGGACGGGCACAUGUACCUGGGCGGAGUGGGACCCGCCUACAAUAGCGUGGCCUGGCCGGCGGCCAUUUGGACGGCCACUUUGCGCCAGGGAUUCGUGGGCUGCUUGCGUGACCUGGUGCUGAGUGGCAAGGCGAUCGAUAUAGCGGCCUUUGCACGCGUCCAGGAUUCGGCCUCCGUGAAGCCAUCGUGCCACGUGCAGGCCAACGUGUGCAAUGGCAAUCCCUGCCUGAACGGAGGCACCUGCCUGGAGGGCUGGAACCGACCCAUCUGCGACUGCUCGGCCACCUUGUACGGCGGACCCACCUGCGGCCGGGAACUGGCCACGCUGGCCUUCAACGGCAGCCAGCACAUGACCAUCUGGCUGGGCAACGGACAGGGCACCAAGACGCAGACCGAGGAGCUGGUCAUCCGCUUCAAGACCUCGCGUCCGGCGGGACUCCUGCUGUUGACCAGCGCCGAGUCCAACUCCCCGGACCGGCUGGAGAUCGCUCUGGUGGCGGGAAGGGUGCGGGCCAGUGUGCGGCUGAGCGACCGCGAGAAGAACCUGCUGGCCGGCCAGUCGGUGCUCAACGACAACAACUGGCACACGAUCCGGUUCUCGCGCAGAGCCUCCAAUCUGCGGCUACAAGUUGACGGGGCUCCCCCCGUCAGGGGUAUGUUAUCCGAAACGAUCCUGGGCCGCCACAGCACCAUGGAGAUCCGCUCGAUCCACCUGGGCGGUCUCUUCCACGCCGAGGAGGAGAUCCAGAUGACCUCCACCAUGCCGAACUUUGUGGGCCAGAUGCAGGGAUUGGUUUUCAAUGGCCAGCGAUAUUUGGACAUUGCCAAGAGCCUGGGACCGGAGCUCUCGGCUCUGCCCAGUGCCACCUUCAAGUUGACGGCCCGCUUCGUGAACUCUCCGGCCGGACAGCCCUACCAUGCGGCCACCUUCCGCUCCAAGCACUCCUACGUGGGGCUGGCCAUGUUGAAGGCCUACAACAGCAUCUCCAUUGAUUUCCGUUUCAAGACAGUGGAACCCAAUGGCUUGCUGGUCUUCAAUGGCGGACGACGCAAUGAUUUCGUGGCAGUCGAACUGGUUAAUGGGCACAUACACUACACCUUCGAUUUGGGCGAUGGACCGGUGACGAUGAGGGACAAGUCCCGCAUCCACAUGAACGACAACCGCUGGCAUCAGGUCAGCAUCAGGCGUCCGGGACCCAAGACCCACACGCUCACCGUGGACGACUCCUUCGAGAUCAUUAGUUUGACUGGAAACAAUAUGCACUUGGAGCUGGCGGGCAUCCUGUACAUUGGCGGCGUCUUCAAGGACAUGUACUCCAAGCUGCCGGCCUCGAUCUCCUCGAGGUCUGGCUUCGAGGGCUGUCUGGCCUCCUUGGACUUGGGCGAUGCCUCUCCCUCGCUGACCAGCGAUGCAGUGGUUCCCAGCUCCCUGGUGGUCACUGGCUGCGAGGGACCCACCAAGUGCAGCCAGAAUGCCUGUGCCAAUCGGGGAAACUGUGUGCAGCAGUGGAAUGCCUACGCCUGCGAGUGCGACAUGACCUCCUACACAGGACCCACCUGCUACGAUGAAUCGAUAGCCUAUGAGUUUGGCAACAACAAGGGCAUGGUGCAGUACGCAUUCCCCGAAAACGCACAGGCUGACACCGAGGAGGACAACAUUGCCAUGGGCUUCAUAACGACCAGGCCGGAUGCGGUGCUCCUGCGGGUGGAGAGCGCCACCACGCAGGACUACAUGGAGCUGGAGAUUGUGGAGGGCAACAUCUUCAUGGUGUACAACAUUGGGAGCGUGGACCUGCCGCUGGGGGAGAUCGGGACGAAGGUGAACGACAAUGCCUACCAUGUGGUGAGGUUCCAGCGGAAGGGAGGCAAUGCCACGCUACAGCUGGACGACUACAAUGUGCAGGCCCUCACGCCGCAGAGCCACCAUUCCACCGUGUUCAAUACCAUGUCCAACGUUCAGGUCGGCGGCAAGUUCAGUCGGAACGGCCGCAAUCGCAUUGAGCGGCCGUUCGCCGGCGUGAUUGCCGGACUGUCGGUGAACAAGUUGCGCAUUCUGGACUUGGCCGUCGAACGCGACCCCCAUAUCACCAUCCGCGGAGAUGUUCAAUUGGUAACUGGAGUAUUAGAUAGAAAUGAUCUGCAGAGAAUGCAGCAGACUUUGAACUCUACUCGACAGACGCCGGCGAGUGGUUAUCCGGGUGCGCUGGACGAUCUGAUCUUCUCGGGAGCCGGAUCCGGAUGUCGUGGCGACGACGAGGACGAGUGCACGCCACCGUUUGAGUCCGGAAGCGGAGAUGAUCUGAUAACGCCGGUUUAUGUGCCGCCCACCAAGCAGACAACCACCUUCCAGCAGGGAAAUAGCCUGAGCACGGGUGGGAAUAACAGUGGCGGUGGAGGCAACACCAAUGGCACGGAGCGGGCCUGCGACGAUGAGGACUGCGUCCAUGGAUCCGGCGACUACGGCGAGACCACGGAGCAGUUCACCUCGACGAGCACGGCCCGGGGUUCAGAGUCCAACAAUGAGAUGGUGCCGAUAACCACGACGGGACGCAGCGAUGUGACCACGGAGCAGCAGCAGCAGCAUGGCAGCAGUAGCAGCUCCAGCAGCAUGAGCGGCAGUACCCCAUCCUAUGCCACCACGCAGUCAUCGAGCAGCAGCAGCGGAGGAUCAGGAUCAGGAUUAGGAUCAGGAGUAUCGGGAAGCAGCACGCCGGGACAAGUAAGCAGCACGAGCAGCAGUGUGGCCACCACGUCCACGCAGAGGGCCAUCAGCAGCAGCACCAGCACGAGCACCAGUUCGACGUCCACGACCACCACAACCACCACCACGCAGUCCACUCCGCCGCCGGAGAUCCGGAGCACGGUCACGGAGCGGGACACCACCACAUACGAUGUGUAUGUGGCAGGUGGCGGCCUAGGCGGAUCCGGACGCAAUGACCACGAUCGCAUGCAGCUGCCCGAUGAGCACCAUCCACUGCCACCACUGCCGCCUCCGAUUCCGCCGCAGGAUCCCCCACCAUACGGGCCCUAUGGCGGGAACACCUACAACACCAACAUGAACAACAACUACCGGCCAAAGAGCAAGGGCGGCAGGAUCAACUCGAUCGAGGAGGAGCGCACCGCCAUGAUCAUUGGCAUAGUGGCCGGCAUACUCAUCGCAGUGGUGCUGGUUAUCCUGCUGGUCCUGUGGCUCAAAUCGAAUGGCGAUCGUGGCUACAAGACGGAGAGUGAGAAGGCCGCUGCCUACGGCUCGCACAAUCCCAAUGCCGCUCUGCUCGGGAAUACCAGCACUAAUGGAUCUUACCAUCAGCAGAGGCAGCACCAUCUGCAGGGCGGAGGAGGAGGAGGAUUAGGAGCCGGUGGAGGAGGAGCAGGACAACAGCAGCAUCAUGGCCAACAGCAGAUGCACAAUGGCCAUAAUGGAAACGGAGGAGGUGGCGGCGGCGGCAUGAUGUCAAGCGGAAGUGGGUCACUGGGCUACGGCAGCGAUGGACGACCCCAGAUGGCGGGCCUAGUCCAGCCGAAGGCCAAGAAGCGCGACUCCAAGGACGUCAAGGAGUGGUAUGUGUAAGGCGAUGUAGGGUCGCAAGGAAUUAUCGUCAAAUUAGCAAUAAAUGCAAAUAGUGCAAAGCGAGCCGAAAGUGAAAGUCCCCCCUAAGAUACACACUCGAACACACACACACACACAUAAGCGUAUAUAAAUAUAUAUAUUUAUUUAGCAGCCUCAUAAAGUUAAUUAAACAAUUAGACGUCGGACACUGGGUGUACAAACGGAAAGGCAAGGAUAAUAAUAACCAAUAAACGAUGGCUGAUAGCGUUAGCAGCAAGGAGAUGGACACGCAAAUACUUUAGACAAGUGCAUCUGGCCAGGAGCAUUGGUUCACCCUAAAGAGUAACGUUUAGAUUACGCCUAAGAAAUUAUAGCUUCAACAUCAAAGACUUGCUAGUAGAGAUCUACCACUGGAGCCACUGGAGCAGCCAAGCCACAUCCAUCAGCGAAUAAGCAAAUGAAUUACACUAAACGAAUACAAACUAUAUAUAUUAUAUAUAUCACAACGUUACGAUCAAAUUAUGCCACUAGCCAAUCAAGUAAUUGUGUAAAAUAUUUCGCCACAAAGUAUGCUAUGAAAAGUUCGAAGGAAGAGAAUCCAAUUAAACCGCAAAUCUUCUAGCAAAAAAAAAAAGCAAAGAAACCUAACAGAUUAGCAGAAAUUCAAUAUAAAAGUACUUAAAUUAUAUAUAUAUAUUUAUAUGUAAACGUAAA